AUGUUAUCACGGCAUGCUGAACGAUACCCGACAAAGACAGCUGGCUCCCGCCACGUCGAUCUCCUCAGCCGACUUCAGAGUCCGGAGGUAAAUCUCACGGGAUCGCUAUCAUUUAUCAACGACUGGACCUAUUUUACGGAUCUCUCCAAUCCUUCGUUCGAGAAUCUAACUGCCACUGGUCCAUAUGCUGGGACACGACAGGCAUAUAAUACGGGCAGGGUUUUACGGCAACGCUACAACCACCUUGUAUCCAACGGCCGCAGGGCAAACUUCUGGUCUUGCAGCUCUCCGCGGAAUGUUGAGACCGCAGAACAUUUCGCCAAUGGAUUCUUUGGCGCGGAAUGGAAGACUGAUGGUUCCGCUGAGCUGGUGAUCAUUCCUGAGGAUGAAGAUCGAGGCGCUAAUACGCUUACCCCCGGAGAUACUUGUCUCAGCUACCGCGCCGACAAAGAGUAUGGUCACGACCAUGGAUACGUGAAGCUGGCGGAGUGGCAGGGCAUAUUUUCCCCAGCCAUCGCCGAGAGACUUGCCCAUGACGCCGUCGGAAUAAUGUUCAGUCCUCUUGACAUCUAUGGCAUGAUGGAAAUGUGCGGAUUCGAGAUUCUCGCGAGGGGAAACAGCCCUUGGUGCGAUAUCUUCAAACGUCAGGAGUGGCUCGAAUUCGAAUAUGCGCGAGACUUGCUACAUUACUAUCGAGCUGGUCCAGGCAAUAAGUUUGGUGCAGCAAUGGGUUGGUUGUGGCUCAAUGCGACUCAGCAGCUCAUGUCAAACCACUCGUCGAAAGAUGUCUACUUCAGCUUCGUCCACGACGGCGACAUUGUCCCUGCAUUGGCCACCUUGGGAAUCUUCAAUGAACCUUUGGGUCUGCAUGAACUGCCUACUGACCGACUAGUGACCGAGCGGAACUGGAAGACAAGUGACGUGGUACCAAUGGGGGGACGGUUGAUAUUCGAACGUAUAACUUGUCAGACGAAUGGAGGGACAACAGCAACGGGGCCGGAGCAUGCCGUACGCCUCUUUAUCAAUGAUGGUCUUACCGACUUGACUAAGUUGACCAACAUGGUUCCGUUCACCCCCGUAGAAGGUGCUGUCUUGUUGGAGAGUUUCCAAAACACCUUGUCCAUGAAAGGGACACAGCUGGGGGAUUUCCGAGAAAUCUGCUCUUUGCCAGACGACGCACCUCACCGCAUCGAGUUUUUGCAUCAAUAG